AUGUCAGACCUUACAGUCUUCGUUUGUGGUGCCACUGGCUGCCAAGGUGGUGCUGUAGCCCGCUACCUUCGAUCAAAGGACGUCGAUGUCCACGCCCUCGUCCGGGACCCAACCUCCAAGAAAGCCCACGACCUGGAGUCCAUCGGAGUCAAGCUCACUCCCGGUGACUAUGACAACAAGGAAGCUAUCGAGACGGCCAUGGUUGGCUGCACUGCCAUCUUCCUGGUCCUCAUGCCCGACUUCACGGACCUGACCAAGGAGCGGACCUGGGCUAAGAACAUCUACAGCGCCGGCAAGGCGGCUGGGGUUAAACACGCUGUGUUUUCCAGCGGGUUCAGCGCAAAUGAACCUGACAAGCUUACGGUCAUGAAGCCUGGUAGCUUUGUCGACACAGUCAUGAGAAACAAGCAAGUCAUCGAGACCGAAACCCGUACCGCCGGCUUUGAGUACUGGACCGUGUUGCGUCCUGGCAACUUCAUGGCAAAUUACUUCGAGCCCUUUGUCAUGAUGUACCCGAGCCUCGUCAAGGACGGAGUCUGGACGACGGCACUCACACCCACAACCGUCCUGCCUAAAGUCGACACGGUCACGAUCGGCAGGUUCGGAGGCGAGGCGCUUCUGAACCCGGAACGCUUCCACAAAAAGGAGAUCCUGUACGCCGAUGAAUGGCUCACCCCGGAUGAGGUUAUGGAGAAGCUUUCCAAGGCCGUGGGUCGAGAGCUCAAGACAAACUACCUGACUGACGAGGAGAUCGACGCCCAGAAGGACACCAACCCGUUUAUCACCGGGCAGCUUAUUAUGCGGGACAUGGGAAAGCUUACUAGCCUGAAGGAGGUAAAGAAGUGGGGGAUUCCUCUCAGUUCGUUUGACGAGUUUCUGGAGCGGGAGAAGGAGGCUGUUCGGGAGACCUAUCACAAGUCUAGCUGA